ACAUUGGGUAAAAUCUUGGUAAUAUUUAGUGAAAAAUUUUAGUACAGGAAUAAAAGAUGAAGUUCCUGGUCUUGAUAUUAAUUGUGUCCAGUAGUGUCAGAGGAUUUGAUGAAGCAAUAUACGACGUAUGGGAUCCUUUUGCAAUUGAAUUUGAACCCAAUUUUUUCGAUGAUGCUAUCCGGUUAAAAAGAGAUCCUUACAAAGUCUAUAUUACUAUUGAGAACGAAAAGAAAAAUGUAAACUCACCGAGUAUUGAAGAAGGAAUGAAAAUGGAAGGAAAUAUUAAUCCACCGUCCCAAAUUACAAUCGUUAAAUCAUGCAGAUGUAAAACAAGAAAACCUACCACAAAUCCUGAAACUCCUAAAGAGGCAGUUCCUAAGCUUCCUCAAGAGAAGGUUCCCGAAACUCCUAAAAUGGAGGUUCCUAAAUAUCCAUCGCCUGAACAAGAAAUCUGGAAACCAAUGGGGGAUCUUCAUGAAGAUGCUGGUUAUCAAACCAAACAUCCUGAAAUUUAUCAACCUAUUCAUGGGCGAAUAAAUACUGAUAAGCAUCUGGAAUUUUCUCAGCCUGAAAAAGAUAUUUGGGCCCUGAACUCUGAAGAACUGGAAAGCGGUGCCUAUGCCAAGCCAUCUGCAAUUCCAGAUUAUCAUACAUCAGUAGGAAUGUUGGAUCCAAGUCAAUUUAUUGAGCCAAGCUAUCAGAGAAAGACUGCAGGACACGAUUAUUAUCAACAUUAUCAAGCACCACAACAUGAAGGACUUCCCACAAAUCCCUUCUCUUUCAUCACAGGUGAUCUUACACAGCAAGAUUUAAGAGAGAUGGAAAUAAUUGAUAGAAUUAAAGAAAAUCAUGAUCUUAAUCACAGCGGAUCGGAUUAUGAUCACAAGAGACGGAUAAAAGAAGCAGUUUUAGAUUACAUUAAAUCAAAGUAUUAUACAUUAGGUAAUAAAAAACAUGUAAUUGCUCAUUCACCGUAAAUACAAUUGAAUUGACUAUAUUGAUUAAAAAAUAUUCUGACUGUCAGAGAUAUAGAAAUAAAAUGUUGUUUAAUGUAGAAAAAUAUAAAUAUUUCAUUGAAAAGAACAAAGUCA